AUGCUUUUUAAAAAGGACAAGAAGGAGAAGGAACCACAGGAAGUCGACCUGGACGUGACUCACGUGCCGUUUGUGGAACCGGCUUCGGAGUCUAGAGUACCCGAAGAGCACAAGCUUACGGCUGAACAGAAGGACAAGUUCCUGAAGGUGUAUGAGCACUUUGCUCAGGACGGGUUUACCGUGGCAGACUCAGAGGAGGCCCAUAAACACAAGGAUAAGUCUCAUUUCAAGCCGUUGACCGAGGACGAGAAGGCCUGGUUGACGAGGGAGUGUUUCUUGCGGUACUUGAGAGCCACCAAAUGGAAGGUGGAAGAUGCUGUUUCGAGGAUUGAAGGAACGCUUGCGUGGAGACGUGAGUUUGGCAUUGCCGGCAACUUUGAUCUGGAAAACGAAGUCAAUGGCACACUGGUGGCCCAGGAGAACGAGACCGGUAAGGAGGUUAUCCUAGGCUACGACAACGACGCCAGACCAUGUCUUUAUUUGAAGCCCGGCCGUCAAAACACGAAGACGUCGCAGAGACAAGUCCAGCACGUCGUUUACAUGCUUGAAAAAGUCAUCGACUACAUGCCCGCCGGCCAGGACUCUUUGGCCUUGUUGAUUGACUUUAAGGCAUCUCCUGUGGGCACACAGAACAACAAGAUUCCUCCAGUCAGCACAGGAAGACAGGUUUUGAAUAUCUUGCAGACACACUACCCUGAAAGAUUGGGCAAAGCCCUCUUGACCAACAUUCCAUGGCUCGGCUGGACCUUCUUGAAGAUUAUUCAUCCGUUUAUUGACCCUCUUACAAGAGAGAAGUUGGUCUUUGACCAACCGUUCCCAGACUAUGUGCCCAAAGCGCAGUUGGAUAAGGAUUUUGGCGGUAAGGUCAACUUUGAGUAUGACCACGACAAAUAUUGGUCCCAGAUGAUCAGCAUCGCCGAAGAAAAGAAACGCAAGUACGUCAAGCGGUUCGAGACUUUCGGCUCCCGUGUCGGUUUGUCUGAAUAUGACUUGAGAGGCGACCACGAGGAGUUGAGGUACCAACCAGGCCUUGCAUAA